AUGGCAGAUAACACGGCAACGACUAAGCUAGUACAACGGACUUUGACUGGAGAAAAGACGAAGGAGACCAAAUGCAAGUGUGGAAAGGUCUGCAAGAACUUGCGUGGAUUGCGAAUCCACCAGGCGAAAGCGAGGUGCCAACCUGAGGAGAUACAGCAGCAGCGCACAGGUAGAAGACCUGAUGAGACGCAGGAGGUUCCCAGCCAGGAGUCACACCACAGUGCUGAGGACCUCUCCGCUGAUGUGUCAUCGCAGCGAGACACCCCGAAUUCAUUAGGGGGAGAAGCGAGCCAAGGGGCGCAAGUAGACAAUGACCACACAGAGAGGAGGGAACGGGUGAAGUGGCCAAAGAUAGUCGACAGAAGCAGAUGGAAACAACUUGAUGAAGACCUAGAUAGUAUUUUGGAAGCAACGCUACAAGGCGGAGUGGAGAAGAAAAUCAAGUCUCUGACAAUGAUUGUUUAUAAAGUCAGCUGUGAGAGAUUCGGUGUAGAAGGGAAAAAAGCAGAAGUAGUCCACCAGCCUAACAGGAGACAACAGGAAGUGGCCAAGCUUCGGAAAGAACUGAAGGUACUGAGGCGACUAUUCAGGGAAGCUAACGAGCAAGAGAAGUUUGGAUUACAGCAGUUAAGAUCCGACAUUAGAGGAAAGUUGACAACACUACAGAAGGCAGAGAGAUCUAGGAAGAGAAGAAGAGAGACAACAAGGAAAAGGGCAGCAUUUAUAGCCAACCCAUACAAGUUUACAACCUCACUUUUGGGUGGAGAGAGAUCUGGCAAGUUGGAAACCUCCAAACAAGAAAUAGAGCAACAUCUGGAAGAGACACACUGUGAUGCUGAACGGAACAAUCCUCUGGGAGAGUGCGACAGAAUACCAUCAGAGGAAGAGCCAACAAUUCCAUUAGAUGAGAAAGAACCAACCUGGAAGGAAGUUGUAGAAGUGGUGAAGAAAGCAAGAUCAGGUUCAGCACCGGGGCCGAGUGGUAUACCUUACAAAGUUUACAAGAUGUGCCCGAAACUUCUACGACGACUUUGGAGGCUACUGAAGGUGAUUUGGAGGAAGGGGAAAAUACCAGAAUGCUGGCAGACGGCAGAAGGAAUAUUUGUUCCGAAGGAGAAGAACUCUGCAUCCCUAAACCAGUUCAGAACCAUAUCACUCCUGAGUGUAGAAGGAAAAAUCUUCUUUGCCAUACUUGCCAGAAGGAUGACAACAUACAUGACAUCUAAUGAGUAUAUAGAUUCUUCUGUGCAAAAAGGAGGGAUUCCGGGAUUCCCUGGAUGUAUUGAACACACCAGCGCAAUCACACAGCUUAUCCGGGAAGCAAAGAUUAAUCAUGGAGACUUAACAGUUGUAUGGUUGGACCUCGCCAAUGCAUACGGUUCUGUCCCCCACCAACUGAUCUUUAAGGCUCUGGAACAUUAUCACAUCCCGGACCAUAUCCAAACAAUUGUGAAGAGCUAUUUUAGUAACAUCAGGCUACGGUUUACAGUUGGAGAGAUAACAACAUCAUGGCAAGCACUUGAGAAAGGUAUUGUGACUGGAUGCACGAUAUCUGUCAUACUCUUUGUGAUGGGGAUGAAUUUGAUCAUCAAGGCUGCAGACAGGGAAACUAGAGGACCUAAAACUUCAUCAGGAGUGCGAUUACCACCAAACAGAGGAUUCAUGGACGACCUGACGAUAACAACUACUACACAUGUACAGGCGCGAUGGAUCAUAUCUGCUCUAGAGGCAACAGUUGGAUGGGCAAGGAUGAAGUUCAAACCGGGGAAAUCUAGAUGUCUCAUCUUGAAAAGAGGGAAGGUGACCAGAAGGUUCAAGCUCUCAAUACAGCAGGAGGAGAUACCCACAAUUGUAGACAAUCCAAUCAAGUGUUUGGGGAAGUGGUUUGAUGCCAGCCUGAAUGACAGCAGGAACAUCAAACGGUUACAGACCCAGGUAGAGGAGGGUUUAAGGAAGAUCGACAAAACAGGGCUGCCUGGGAAAUUCAAAUCCUGGAUUUACCAGCAUGGACUUCUUCCUCGCCUGACUUGGCCUCUUACACUGUACGAAGUCACCACUACUACAGUUGAAGCUCUUGAGAGGAAGAUCAACAAGUGUCUACGACGUUGGCUUGGAGUCCCUCCAAGUUUCACCAGUGUGGGCCUGUACAGCACAACAGCCAAACUUCAACUACCCAUAUCAUCAUUGGUGGAAGAGUUUAAGGUGGCAAAGGCUAGGCUGGUGAUGACUGUGAGAGACUCCAAAGAUGAGAAGAUCAGGAAUGCUGGGAUUGAGACUCGGACAGGACGAAAGUGGUCAGCAAGCAGCGCGGUCCAGGAAGCAGAAAGCAGAUUAAGGCACAGCGACAUUGUUGGGACUACCUGCAUUGGAAGACAGGGGCUUGGGACAACACAAGUGCAAAGGUGGGGAACAGCGGACACAGCUAGUAGGAGGAAGAUGGUCCAAGACAACAUCAGGAAAAUGGAAGAAGAGAUACGGAAAGCAAAGAUGGUGGAAAUGGGAGCACAGGGUGCAUGGACCAGAUGGGAGACAACUGAAAGGCGUCUUACAUGGUCAGACAUCUGGAAGUUGGAACCAUGUAGAAUCCAGUUCCUCCUGCGUUCAGUGUACGAUGUUCUACCAACACCUACCAACUUGCAUCGAUGGGGAAUGACAGAAACCCCCAACUGCUCGUUAUGUGAUCGUCCGGGAAACCUGGCCCAUGUACUGUCAUCGUGCAACACUGCUUUGACCCAGGGGAGAUACACAUGGAGACACAACAAGGUUCUGCGGGAGCUAGCAGACACGUUGGAGAAAGAAAGGCAGAAAAAGAGGAGAUGUAUGAAACAACAACCCUACAUCAACUUUGUAAGAUCUGGAGAGGCAGGCAGUAAAGCAACAGCACACCAGAGAGGGAUACUGGACGGAGCUCAGAAUUGGGAGAUGCGAGUUGACUUGGGACAAAGACUGGCUUUUCCAGAGGUCGUCCAAACCAACCUGCGUCCAGAUAUUCUACUCUGGUCACAGCAAGGGAAGAGAAUGAUAAUGAUUGAGCUUACUGUCCCCUGGGAGGAGCGGUGUCAAGAGGCCUACGAGAGGAAAAGAGAGAAGUACGCCAACCUUGCUGAUGACGUGAGAGCAAAAGGAUGGUGUGUGUGGGUCAUGCCAGUAGAGAUGGGGUGCAGAGGAUUUCCCUGCACAGUCCAUGUGGAGGAUGUUUGCUGCUGUAGGCAUCCGGGGGAAAGACCGAAGGGCAGCUGUACAACGACUGGCAACAACAGCAGAGAAGUCGUCCAGCUGGCUUUGGUGGAGAAGGGAGGACAAGAGCUGGAAGCCAUCCAUCGACGGACAGUGAUUUGGCCAAUCACUGUCGACUCGCCACCUUUAGGGCGUCCCAGGAUGAGUCGAAACGCCCAGUGA